AUGAAGAGAUCUCACCAACCGAUCGACACACUCGCAAUCACGGAGUCGCUAGGGCUUCAAACUUUCAGAAAAGGCGGUCGAAAGGCUUGGACGAAACAAGAAGAUGCUAAGUUGGUCCAACGAUUGCAUGAACUUUAUCCAAAAGAAACGUCAGAAAGAAAUGUCGAUCCGAAGAAUGUUCACUGGGAGUUGGUCGCGGAAGUAUUUGACGACCAAUCUCGCAAAGCCAAAGACUGUCGGAAGAGGUGGGUCAGCUCGCUCAACCCCAGCCUUCGACGUGGAAAGUGGACUCCCGAGGAAGAUCAACAGCUUUUGACAAGCUACAAGAAAUACGGCCCACUGUGGCAGUUGAUAUCUGCAGACGUCAAGGGAAGAACAGAGCAUCAAUGUCUGAAAAGGUACCUCGAGGUUCUUGAUCCGUCGUUGAGCAACCGUCUAAAAGUGUGGUCACUUGAAGAAGACUUACUCUUGAUCAACCAAGUCAAAGAACACGGAACCAAGUGGAGAACCAUUGCCGCCGCCUUUGAUGCAAGACCAUCCCUCACUUGUCGAAACAGGUGGCGUAACCUUUUAACAGCUGUGGCUCGUGGGCGUGCUGACAAAGAGGUGAUGGAGGCUAUGGAGCUGAUGACUGAUGGCGACAUUGCUAACAAACUUGUAAUAAAGAAGGAGGAUACGGAUGAGAAUUCGAAGAAUGGUAGCGCAGGCGUUGAUGAUACUUCGGAUUUACAUGUCAAAGCUGAACGUGGCUCUUCUUCCCCAAGGUCAUCUAGACUGUCCACGUCGGAAGUUCUCCAGAACAGCCCCGACAAGGAGGUGGAGUGGAGGUAUGCCAUAGUUAGCCGGGACCAGACUGAGGAUCCAGACCAACCCUUCAAGGAGUUGUUGAAAAACGGCGGUCAGAUCAAGUCCAAGGAAUUGGCUCAAUACCUCAUUCAGUAUGCAUCCGUCUACAAAAUGAAGGUCACUGUGCAUCAACAUAUUCACCACCACUAUGGAUCGCAAGAAUCGUCCGCAACAGCAGAGAAUCAAAUGGACAAGACGGACGAAUCUCCUGCAUUUUCUGGCUCUCCUCCCAUCACUGUCCAACCAAGGAACAGCCGUACAACCAGUCCUUCAUUGUAUAACUUGGAACCUGAGUCUCAACUCCAUAGAGUUCAGCAUUUCAAUUACCUUCCGCCACUCACAGAGGUUCCCCAAUUGAAUUCGUCUGCUUCAUCACCUGCUUCCACAAAGGACGCUAGCACACAUCAUCAUCACCAUCACCACCACCAUCAUCAUAUGCACGAAGCAAGAAAUGAGAAAGUUAAGUCAAGGAGUCAUCCAUUUAAGGGUCAUCAAGAGUACAGCAAUGGUGUCGUUUCACUUGCUGAUGACGCACAGGCUAAGGAGUCAGAUUUGCUCAAGCUUCUCGAUCGUGCUGAUAGCAGAGCUAACAGCAUUGGGAGGGCGAACCGCAGAGUGGAUGACAGGACAGACCAAACACCAAAUGAGCCCGAAUCCAAUCUGCUUACACCUUUAACUCAGGCUGUUCAAAUGGUGGCAGAUGCCGAGGCUGAGAACCUGCUUCUUUCGAAAAGACCGCUCGAUGAUUUUGAUGCUCAGAACAAGAAGAUGAAGCUUGACGUUCCUGAAGAAGAUGGGGAUGAAGGACUUGAUUUUUUUGAAACUAUGCGCAAUCUCAGUGCUCCAUAUCAACCUCAAAGACAUCGUCAUGAGAGGAGAGCUCACAAACCUCACGCAAAAGAUCGUCGUGGUUCAAAAAGCAGCAACGGAAGUAUCGAUGAGGUGCCCAAUCAGCCUGUCUCUCAGCAUCACCCCUUGCACUAUUCUCAAAGCAGUGUAACUCCAGUACCUGAACCACUUGCUGUCGAAGAAGAUGAGGAUGAACUACUUGACGUUUACGGACUUUUCUACAAUUCGCAUCCGAGGGAACCAACCGUGGAACCAACAGCUAACACUCAAGCCCAUAACAAUUUGCUUGAGUUGACUAAUCCAUUUGCAUUUCCGUUCAACCCCUCGUAG